CAUAUAUAUAUAUAUAUAUAUAUAUAUAUGUACGGGUUUUCUUACUCACACAAACGAGCCUGAUCAGCGGAAAAGCUAGCGCGCAACGUUGACCGCUGUAGGAAACAAUAAAAAACAUUCAGAUCACGAAUUCUGCGGCCCUCGCGUGUCUUUACGUGCGCACGUGUACACACGACAGUUCGACCAUCGUGACCGACGAUAUCCACCGUAGCUGCUCCGUCCACAGCAGGGUGGGAUCAGCGACGACGACUUGAGCGUGAUUUAUUUUAUAGUGAUAGUAGGCUUGCGCGGCAUCGCCCAUUCAACUAGGUCUCGAGUCAAGAAGAUAGGGGGCGGAAGAGGGCGCAGGUGUCUGGCACGGCGCCAGCCUGCGUCAAUAGGUGGGCUAACUCAUGAAAUGUCAACCGAGAUUCCGAAAUGCGUUUUCGUUUCGAAAGGAUUAAUUAAGUGGUGUUGUAAAACUAGUCAGCCUUCAACAUAUUUCUAUAAUAUCUCAGUUGCCUCAGGAUUCCGGCUUUCGAAGGAACUUCCUUCCGGCUGCAUGCGAAAAUUUCACUCUGUAAAAAAGGACUAAUUAAAUAGCAUGAAUUUUCGCCAUUCAUUUUCGAUGCCCUUAAAAAUUCAAUUAUAUUUCUUGGAAAACAUGUAUAAAAAUAUUCAUUCUUUUGCACCUUCGGUAGAUAAUAAGGUCUUCUUUUAAUUUUAUACUCGAAGGAGGUAUAUAAUCCGGUUUUAAUAAAGUUUCUAAUUGUGGGACUAUUAAAUACCCUAAAAUGGCCGUUCAUAAAUCGUCAUGUCUGCAUUUACCAAUGUGGCUUGUAAAGUUGACAAUAUGGAUCAAAUCCACUGCUGAAUUUUAUGAACCCGAUAUGGUCCCCCUUUAUUACCGUAGACAAAUGUGUGGUUUUACGUACGAAGAAAAUAUACGGCUUGUAGUUUAGAAACCCUGAAUCCAAGUGUAACAGUAGAGUGGGUUCAAAAUUAUUCGGAAAUUGUAAAAGUUCUUGAAAACCUUCGAAUAUAAGAAGACGUAAUUCUCUACCAAAUGAGCAAAAGAAUAAAUAUUUUAUGCGUGUUUUCCAUGAACGAUAAGUGGGCUUUUAGGGCAUCGAAAAUCAAUGAGAAAAAUUCAUGCUUUUUAAUUAGUCCUUUUUUACAGAGUGAAAUUUUUGCAUGCAGCCGGAAGGAAGUUCCUUCGAAAGCCGGAAUCCUGAGGCAACUGAGAUAUUAUAGAAAUAUGUUGAAGGCUGACUAGUUUUACAACACCACUUAAUUAAUCCUUUCGAAACGAAAACGCAUUUCGGAAUCUCGGUUGACAUUUCAUGAGUUAGCCCACCUAUUGACGCAGGCUGGCGCCGUGCCAGACACCUGCGCCCUCUUCCGCCCCCUAUCUUCUUGACUCGAGACCUAGUUGAAUGGGCGAUGCCGCGCAAGCCUACUAUCACUAUAAAAUAAAUCACGCUCAAGUCAUCGUCGCUGAUCCCACCCUGCUGUGGACGGAGCAGCUACGGUGGAUAUCGUCGGUCACGAUGGUCGAACUGUCGUGUGUACACGUGCGCACGUAAAGACACGCGAGGGCCGCAGAAUUCGUGAUCUGAAUGUUUUUUAUUGUUUCCUACAGCGGUCAGAGUUGUAGCCAAUCAGAUAACUUACUAAUUUGUCCAUACGAGAGACCGAGUUUUCACUGACAGGGAAGCCAGCUAGCAUAAAAUAUCAGAGGCUCAAGAAUUUCACUUCCUCAUUUUGCCUGCUUAGGAUAACCAGGUGGCAUUUUGCGGGUUAGACUGACAAUGCUAACUGUACACGCUUUCGUACAGAACUUCACAGCCGGAUAACUGGACGGUAACCUCGGAUAAUGAAGGCGUCAGUUCUCCGCUUUCCAAAGUGUGCUUUUCUAUGCAGUUUCAGUACUCACUUCGAGAGUUUUCCAUUUUGGUUCGAUCAGUAAGCCACCAGCAAGCCUGUAUUCAGCAAAGUCCGUCUAACGAUCUUAAAGGUUGACUUCACUUUCCUAACGAGCGCACACACCUCGUUGAUAAAUGAAAGUAUCCAAAGGGGAGUUAGGACGCAGCUAAAGUGGUUGGAUUCUAAACUGCAUUUACGGAGGUGAAACGGGCUUCCUGGAGACCCCUUUUUACCUAUUUACUUAGAAGCGGUCAAAUCAAUCGCCAUAUCUCACCUUUGCACUCUUUUGCAGAUCGUGCGCGACCGAAGGUUGGCCUCUAUGCCGAAACUCGUGGACGUUCAGGACAAAAAGUCUCCCAGUCGCAGCGUAAGUCACUCUACAUUCUGCUUGCCGAAAUGUGAAGGAAUGUAUCGCAGUAGUGCUGUUUCUUUUGCUCGUAUAUGCGACUAGCCUAACUGCUCUUCUGGUUUCUCUCGCCUGAUUCAGCGAAAGUCAGUUGAAUCGACCGCCCCCCCCCAAAAAAAAAGCGGUGAAACAGUGUUUAUGUUGAACGUUUAACUCUUCUCCGGCCCCUAACAAUUAUAAAGUUUGCUAGGAAAAGUCUGGAAAUCCUUCAGACAGAAAAGGCUUGUUGCCGCAGGACUGCAAAAUACCUGCUGGAUGCGACUAAUUCCCUGAGGAAAUCAUUCAUUAACGUCCAUUGGGCGUGACUGUUUCGCCAUGGCCCUCCAGGCCACAGUCCUUGCAGGCGGUUUAUUAGCUUUGAACGAAAGCUUGUCCUUGGUGUCAAAUAAGCCACAAGUGGCCUUCCUCAGCUAACCUAGCCAUUGGUAGGGGGCGCUCACCGAUCGAUCAUACGGAACUCACUCGUUCCGUUGUGACUUAUGGACUCUCUCUCGAGCCCAACCAGCAGCCGCACAGCGGCGCAUGAUAUAUAGGCAGAAUAGUAUAACCGAUCGAAAACCGACAGGUCAACGGGCUCGUGGCCCGGUGGGUAGAGGCGUGGACUUCUAAACCAACAGGUCGCGAGUUCGAGGCUCGGGUGUUCCACACUUCGGGCUUGGGUAUGGCUGGCUGACGACGGCUAAUAAGCCAAAAAUGGCCAUUCCAGUCUCCCUUGUCUUUGUCGGUUAUACUAUUCUAACGUAGCCAUAUUUAAGAUUUCCUCCCUCCUGAAACUGGUGGAUGAGUUCGUCAUAGUCGGUUGCGAGAGCUAGUCAUACAGCUGCCCUGUCCCGACAGGCGUGCGGGCUUUUAUAAUUGCGCAUUAUCCAACCAGCGUGACGCCGCCUGCAGACACUAUACUUUUUUGCCACGAACAACGCCACGUCCGAUUGUGUUUCCGCUCGGCAGCUCGACCGUCGUGCCCGACGAUGUCCACCGCGCCUGCUCCACAGGAAGGUGAAGCAGGCGCGGUGACUUGCGCAGCAUCUAGCGUACCCUCUCCUCCCUUGCCUGAACUCGGUGUCAAGGCAGAGUCAAGAAGGCCGGAGGCGGGCGAAGCUGCAGGCGGCUGGCACGGCCGGACCCGCACCUCGGCUUACCAUCCCACCCCCCUGGUCUGACCAACAACAGCAACACCACUAUGGGUCAGACUGGAUGAUUGGGCAGCCAUGCUCACGACCUGCUUACCCAGCGGGAGCGCAAGCAUAUGUACCGGCAGGGAACCAGGUUUCGGAAAGCUGCCGACACACAUCAGGCUGUGAGGACCAUGUUUUGUUGAUCCGCUCAGUUCCCAUAAGUCUGUCCGCGAUUGACGACGAAUGGUUUGCCAGUCCUUCGGACGCCUUUUAACCUCUCGGCCGGUUUAGCGCGUAGAGUUGGAUGGCGAUGCGAUCGUUAGGUUUGUUGUUUUGUGACUCCCAAAACGACGAAUAGACAAAGGUAUAAAAUGACAGUUGCUGGUUUUCUGAAUCCUCUUCAGCGAAGCGCGCUGUUCUCGCCAAAGUGCCAAUACAGUAAAUUGUGCACUCGCUUAAUAAAACCCGUCUUCACUUCCUAUUGUGUUAACCAUUCGGGCCUUUGCACGUCUUUUCUAGUCUGUUUUGUUUUCGUGUGCGUGAUUUCUAGAGGAUGAGCUCUGCACGUUUUGUAUACCUGGGAUGUACGGCCAAGUACCCUGUCCGUUAAACUUCAAUGUGGGGGAAUAUUGGGCCAGUUUUUUUUUUCAAUGAUUGAUUUGAAACCCUGCCGUGCGUGACCCCAAAAAAAUUCCUGCUUCAAGGUAAUCAAGUUCUGCCCAAAUUAAUGCGCUCCGCUUCACAAUGGCUGUUCCUCCUUGGGUAUUGAACUAAUUAGAUUUAAUUUGAACUGGAAAACAAAUAAGGUUUUUAAACCUAUUGAGGCCCUACUACGCUUCUAUCAGAAAGAUCAGGCGAGUUGAAUCUACACAACUGAUGGCUUGUGCACUGGCUUUAGAGACAAACUACUUGUACUUAAUAUAUUUCAUGAGGUUUCUUUGGAAUUCGGAAUACGGACGGGUUCCCAACAGCCGCUCGAAUUGUUUGUCCGAGAUUGUCUCCUCUAGCGCUUUGGCUUAAAUGCCUAACCGCAAGGCAGCGGUGGCAAGCAAACCUCUUUAAUGGCCGUUUACGGUCGCCGUGUUACAAUGCCGUCAUUGAGCUUUGCAGCUUUUUAUAAGGCUUCCAGCGUGCCAGACCUCAGCCCACCGCACUCUGGUAGCAAUGUCGCUGCUGGUCCGCGACUGCUUAUUCGUCAGACCUGGGUCUGCCUAUUUCGCAGCCAACCCUCACUGAAGAUCGUCCCACUAUCUGUCACCUGUGGACGCGCCGGGUAGCCAGCAGUUAGGUUAACGGGCAACCCGUCGUCCCGGUCAGAGACAAACAUGUCAAAAUAUCUGCUGAAAAAGCUGACCUGAAUGGGAAAGACAAUUGUGACGCUCGUUUAGAUGUAAUUACACCCAGUAAAUGAAUGGAAACGGCCCUUAAGACCAAGUUUGGGGGACAAGCAUGUUACCGAUUUCGAGGAAGCUUAAUUUCUGAUAAUAUCUGGCAUUUCGGAGUAGCAUAAAAUCACAGAGUCCUUUUGACACAGUUGUCUCAUUCCUUUUGUCCUUGAUUCAGUCAGCCAGUAUUCCCAUUGCUUUUCUCGUUCCAUCCUAGCCGCCAGUCGUGAAGCCUCACCCGCCUCCCGCGCCGGGUCCGAAUACGAAUACGUCCCCAGCAGCGGCUAUGGCCGUCAAGCUCCCGUCUCCGCAGGCUACAGCGCCACCGUGGGUCGUCGGGGCAACCCCUUUUUGACUGGGGGCGCUGCUGGCAUUGAGGGGGCGGCGGAGCGUCGCAGACCCUCAAUAACCUCACGUCUGCCCCGCAGUCAGGGCCCCUCACGAGACAGUUCGCCCACCUCAAUCACUGGCGGCUCUGCCUACAACGCGCCCUACACUGUUUCGGCGAUUGAGCGCGCGCGCCGUGCCAGUGGCUCCACUGCUCCACAGAGACGUGCGUAA